AUGGAAAUUAUCACCGCGGAAAUCGAACGUAAAAGGAAACAAAUAAAGGAUAUCGAACAUGUUGAGCCGUCGGGAAUGAAAUAUAUUAAACGAAGUGAUUUGAGUGCAAAACAGGAAGAGGAAUAUUGGAAGCGAUAUUUAUCAAAUUUUUUUCAGCAGUCUUUAAAAAAAUUUGGAUAUAAUUUUAAGAGUAUUGAUGGAACCAUUUCGAAGACAAAUUCUAAUCAAAAAGAGAAUGAAUUUGAUGUUGAUGAUAUGCCAUGGAGUGAAAUUGUAAAAAGGCUUAGAGGCCGUAGUCAACCAAUUUUAUUAUUUGGCGAAACUCGGAAGGAUUCCCGUUUAAGGCUUCGGAAAUUGGAAAUUGAACAACCUGAUAUGAAGGAAGGUUGGAAAAAUGAUUUUCAAUCGGCAAUGCGAGAGGUUGAUCAUGAACUCAUCGAAGAAGUUAUUAAAGGUCAACAAGAUAAUGCAGGACGCCAUGAUGUUGAUAUGCCAAACUCAGCUGGUGAUACAAGCUGGGAAAGAAUUGAGGCAAAUGCGCGACUUUUAGGUGAAGGCGAAAAUCCAAAUCGUGAUUGCGAUAUAAUUCGUGAAUUCUUUUCAUAUAUUCUUACUCGCUGGGGUAAAGCACUAAAUGCUCGAGAUGAAGCUACUAAAAGGCAUGGUUGUGCUUCCGAUUUUUUAAGUUUUUUGCUUAUUCAUAAAUUGAAGUCAGCAGAAGGAAAACUUGCAGCAACGAUGCAUAAGCAGACUAUGGAACAUUUACGCCCUUUGAUGUCGAAUUUGGAAAAGCAUAAUGUGAACGCUGAUAUUAGAGAACAUUUGAUCAAAAUCUGUCGUCUUUUAAUUAUCGAUCGCGAUUAUAUAAGAGCAAAUAAUGCCUAUAUGGAAAUGGCAAUUGGCAAUGCCCCAUGGCCUGUUGGUGUCACGCGAUCUGGUUUGCAUCAAAGACCUGGCUCGGCUAAAGCAUAUGUUUCCAAUAUUGCACAUGUUCUUAACGAUGAAACUCAACGGAAAUAUAUUCAAGCAAUAAUAAAUGAAUUUCAGGCAUUCAAACGAUUGAUGACUCGUUGUCAAAAGUUUUUUCAACUUUUAAAAUUUUUUCGAAAUCAAAUUGAAAAAUUUUUUGAAGAAAAAAUGGAAAAUGAUGAGGAUAUUGAUGAGGUGCAUCUCUGUGCUCCAUACAAUUAUAUUCGUAAAAUGCCUGGAAAAGGUAUUCGAAAUCAGAUGACGAAGGCAUUUAAUUUAUGGCUGAAUAUCGAUGAACAAAUCAUGAACAAUAUAUUGAGCAUCAUUGAACUGCUUCAUAACGCUUCGCUCAUGGUCGAUGACAUUGAAGAUGGUACAGUACUUAGACGGGGUUUGCCCGUCACUCACAGUAUUUAUGGUGUUCCACGAACAAUCAACACUGCUAAUUAUAUGUAUUUUGUGGCGUUAUCAAAGUGUCUCAAGCUAAAUAACUUUGAAGCGGUUGAUUUGUUUACACAUUAUAUUCAAGAGCUUCACCGAGGACAAGGAAAAGAAAUUUAUUGGCGCGACACUCCACAUUGUCCUACGGAGAAAGAAUAUGAGAAAAUGGUUUUGCAGAAAACGGGUAGUCUCUUUCAUUUGCCUAUACGGCUCAUGCAAUUGUUUAGUGGCAGAUCAUAUGAUUUUACUUCGCUUAUUCAUCAUAUUUCACUUUACUUUCAAAUAAGGGACGAUUAUAUCAAUUUAUGCUCAAAAGAAUAUGAAGCACAAAAAGGAUUCGCUGAAGAUCUUACGGAAGGAAAGUUCUCUUUCCUUAUAAUCGCUGCUGUCAGUAGAGAUAAUCGUGAUGAUGAAAUUUUAAGUAAGUGA